AUGGUAGAUGCAAUGCAAGUGGAUAAGGUGUCCCCUAAGAUUUCAAGUUCAAGACAUGACUCUGAUGAAGCUGGCAGCAAAAUAAAUACUUGUAUCAGUUCUACUACUUCUCCCAAGAAAGAUACUGGUGUGCAAACAGAUGACUUAAUUACAAGAAAUUUCACUAACACAUUAUCACACUGUGGAUCAGUGAUUGAAAGGGAAAAUACACAUUGUUCUUCUCCCCCGAGUUCUGUAGAAUUUGAUGGACAGCUUAACACUAUGAAAGACAAGCAAGAACUAGAAAAAGAAAAUAGCUGGUUUAAUGAGCAAUGUAAACAGUCUAUAACAGAGAAACAAACAAAACUCAUGAAGAAGUGUCCCACAAGGCCUACUUGGAAUAUAAAUAAGCCUCUCAAAAUGUAUGUUCCAGCAUCAGAAAAGUACCCUAAGCAGCUUCAAAAGCAGAGAGAAGAAAAAAAAGUAAGAAGACAGAUGGAACUGCUUCAAUUGGUAGAGAAAAAUAAUUCUGAACACCUUUCUCAAAAUAGAGGCACUUCACCAGAAGAUUUUCAUUCAUCCUAUCCAGAAACAGAGUCAAAAACCAGGUGGAAUGUAAUGAACAAAAUAAAGCUCCUCUUUCUUAUUUUUAAACAUGCAUGA